UAUUUAUAAGGAAAGGAAAGAUGUCGAGCACUACUGGCAAGGUCAUUCGCUGCAAAGCUGCGGUUGCAUGGGAAGCAGGAAAGCCAUUAGUGAUCGAAGAAGUGGAGGUGGCACCACCUCAGGCAUCGGAGGUGCGUCUGAAGAUCCUUUUCACCUCUCUCUGUCACACCGAUGUCUACUUCUGGGAGGCCAAGGGACAGCAUCCUCUAUUUCCUCGAAUCUUUGGCCAUGAGGCAGGAGGGAUUGUGGAAAGUGUUGGAGAAGGAGUUACAGAGCUGAAACCUGGUGACCAUGUGCUUCCAGUGUUCACUGGAGAAUGCAAGGAGUGUGUUCACUGCAAGUCCGAGGAGAGCAACUUGUGUGAACUCCUUAGGAUAAACACAGAUAGGGGUGUGAUGCUUAGUGAUGGACAGUCUAGGUUCUCAAUUAAUGGCAAACCCAUCUAUCACUUUGUUGGUACUUCUACCUUCAGUGAGUACACAGUUUGCCAUGUUGGCUCUGUUGCCAAGAUCAAUCCCUCUGCACCUCUUGAUAAAGUUUGUGUUCUCAGCUGUGGAAUUGCCACAGGUAUGGGUGCCACUUUGAAUGUUGCAAAGCCUAAGAAAGGUUCAACAGUGGCUGUCUUUGGGUUGGGAGCUGUAGGCCUUGCUGCUUGUGAAGGGGCCAGGAUUGCUGAAGCUUCCAGGAUUAUUGGUGUUGAUUUUAACUCUAACAGAUUCAUUGCAGCUAAGAAUUUUGGAGUUACCGAGUUUGUAAACCCGAAAGACCAUGACAAACCAGUUCAAGAGGUGAUUGCUGAGAUGACUAAUGGAGGAGUUGAUCGAAGUGUUGAAUGUACCGGAAAUGUCGAUGCGAUGAUCUCUGCAUUCGAAUGUGUUCAUGAUGGUUGGGGUGUUGCUGUACUUGUGGGUGUUCCACACAAAGAUGCUGUGUUCAAGACUCACCCAAUGAACUUUCUGAAUGAAAGAACUCUGAAAGGAACCUUCUAUGGGAACUACAAACCUCGCACUGAUAUUCCAUCUGUUGUAGAGAAGUACAUGAACAAGGAACUUGAGCUGGAUAAGUUCCUUACCCAUGAAGUCUCAUUUGCAGAGAUCAACAAGGCUUUUGAGUAUAUGCUGAAGGGAGAAGGCAUCAGAUGCAUCAUCCGCAUGGACCAGUAGUAGUAGUAGAAUGGAUGUAAUAGAGGAAAUCUAU